CCCAUCCCUUCUUCCAGCGUGGCCUUAUGCCACCCCACCUCAGGCAAGGAUGCUUCUCGGGGGAUCCCUGAUGGGCACUCAGCCCCAGGCGUCCCCAGGUCAGAGGGUUCCUGGAGAACAUAGGACCUCGGGCACAGGCCCCUCCCUGGAUUACCAUGUCCUUGGGAAUUAACAGAGUCAGGGGUAGAGAGACUCCCCCCAACCCCAAGUCCCUUCUCAAAUCCAGACUCUGGCUCUGGCCCCUUGGGUCUCUCAGAUCACCUCAGGGCAAUCCAAGAGGCAUCUCUGCAUGGAUUUCAACCUAAACACCCCCCCAACUUCUGCACUCUCUGUAAGACCCCCAAUAUCCAGCUGAGUGUCAGAAGAGAGAGGUCCAGGGGCAGCGCUGAAUGUGAGGGAGGGUGUCCCGCUUUCUCCGUGCCUUUGCUCCUGGGGGCAAGUUCUUCAGGGUGGGGAAGAAGUGGGCUUCUCCCUCUCUUGGCUGGGGUUGGGGGGGCACCAGGCCUCUGUCCCCGUUCCCAGACCCUACCGUGGGGCCUCCCAGCCUGGCCCCGCCCCCUGUUCUCUGCUGGAACACAGAGGAAGGGUGGCAGGGUUCCAGCUGCACGUCCCAACCUGGGCAGAGUGCCAAGGGGCUGGACCAGGGCCGGCAGGGAGCCAGCUGUGGAGAGUGGCCAGCUGGGGAAAUCCGGAGGCAGUGGGGUGGGACAAGGGGAAAGGACUGGGACCACUGGGCAGAGAAGGGGCAGGACAGGGGUCCUUCGAGUGGCACGCCCACCAAGGCAUGGCAUUUAAGAACACAGGCCCAAAGUCAGGGUUCACAUCGCCGCUCACCCACUUCCUGGCUGUGCGGCUUUGUGCGGGCGAUUGCCCUUUGAGGCUCAGUCAGUUUCCUAGCCUGGGCAGUGAGGGUUAUGCCCCCCGACCUCGGCCCCUGCACCAGAGCAAGAUAAGGAGCAGUGAGGGGACGGAUCUUAGGGGUGGGCCACCUCAGAGGUGGGCAGUAAACUGUGCACAAGUCAAACCAAGUUCUGGGCAGAAGCAGGUACGUGGUGGGACCGACAGACGCGGUGAGCGUUGUUGCACAUUGGCCGAGGGCCCCAGGAUGACUACCUAGGUUCUUUGGGCCGGAUUAAUGCCAGUGCUUAGAGCCUCCGUUUCUGACUCUAUAAAAGGGAGCUCGCCUUUCCUGGUUCAUAGAGUUACUCCAAGGAUUUAAUGGGGUCUCCAAGCUCGCAAGUGUCCAGUACAGCAGAGCGUUCCUUAUUAUUGCUGUCACUAUGAUUUAGUCUUCUUUUCACAAUCACACACACACACACCCUGUGGGGUUACCACGGAAGCCCAAGGGUUUCUCUAGUGCCUAGGAGGCUCCUAAACCUUCCACACCUGAUGUGGACAAAAGCUUUAUACAGCACUAGCCAAUGGCCAGGCCUGGUACCAAGCCUUUAAUGUAUAUUCACUGAACCUUGACAACAACCCUGUGAGUUUGUGUGGUUAUUAGGCUCAGAGAGGCUGUGCAACUUGUCUGAAGUCACACAGCUAAUAAGUAAGUGCCAGAGUGGAGAUUGGAACCCUCGAACUGGAGGAACCAGCCACUACUCUGUUUAAAGAGAAAGGCUAGAUCAUCUGUGAGGCAAGCAAGAGGCCCACACUUCCUGUCAGAAGAACCUCUGGAGAACUGGCUGGGAGCUAGAAGGAGGGUCCCUCCGCAGCCACUAGCUACUCCUUCUAUGGAGGGAGCAGGCACUGGGCCAUGGAGAGGAUUAUAGAGCCCAGCUGCCCAGGAGGUGGGGGGCCAACCCCACCCCCACCCCAUUCCUCUUCCCACCCCCUGUUCCCUGGGCCUGGGCCCCCAGCUCAGGGAGGCCCACCCACCCCCACCCUCUGGGCAGGAAGACAAACAGGGCUGGAGCAGAACGGGACAGGAGGACGGAAUGUCCUCUGGGCGGAGCAGGACUGGAGGCCCCUGCCCCCCGCCAGCCAGGCGGGAGAGGGUGAGGGCAAUUGCUGGCUCCCUCCAUGCCUCCCCCAGCCUGGCCCCUUCUAUGCCUCCCACCCAGUUGCAAGGAACAGUUUUUUCCUCAUCUGUCUGCGGAGAAAGGAGAGUCCCCUCCUCUCCCCGGACCAAGCCUCUGGGUGGGCCCGGAGGUCUCCUGCUGGGGAGGACAAGGAGUCGAGCACCGAGCUGCGCAAGGAGAAGUCCCGGGAUGCGGCCCGCAGCCGGCGCAGCCAGGAGACCGAGGUGCUGUACCAGCUGGCACACACGCUGCCCUUCGCGCGUGGGGUCAGCGCCCACCUGGACAAGGCCUCCAUCAUGCGCCUCACCAUCAGCUACCUGCGCAUGCACCGCCUCUGCGCCGCAGGGGAGUGGAACCAGGUUGGAGCAGGGGGCGAACCAUUGGACGCCUGCUACCUGAAGGCCCUGGAGGGUUUCGUUAUGGUGCUCACCGCCGAGGGAGACAUGGCUUACCUGUCGGAGAAUGUCAGCAAACACCUGGGCCUCAGUCAGCUUGAGCUGAUCGGACACAGUAUCUUCGAUUUUAUCCAUCCCUGUGACCAAGAGGAGCUUCAGGACGCUCUGACUCCCCGGCAGAGCCUGUCCAAAAAGAAGCCGGAGGCCCCCACCGAGCGGUGCUUCUCCUUGCGCAUGAAGAGCACGCUCACCAGCCGCGGGCGCACCCUCAACCUCAAGGCGGCCACCUGGAAGGUACUGCACUGUUCUGGACACAUGAGGGCCUACAAGCCCCCUUCGCAGACUUCCCCCGCUGGGAGCCCCGGCCCCAACCUGGAGCCCCCCCUGCAAUGCCUGGUGCUCAUCUGUGAAGCCAUCCCCCACCCUGACAGCCUGGAGCCUCCGCUGGGCCGGGGGGCCUUCCUCAGCCGCCACAGCCUGGACAUGAAGUUCACCUAUUGUGACGAGAGGAUCGCGGAGGUUGCCGGCUACAGGCCCGAUGACCUGAUUGGCUGUUCCGCCUACGAGUACAUCCACGCGCUGGACUCGGACGCCGUCGGCCAGAGCAUCCACGCUUUGCUGAGCAAGGGCCAGGCAGUCACGGGGCAGUACCGCUUCCUGGCCCGGAGUGGUGGCUACCUGUGGACCCAGACCCAGGCCACAGUGGUGUCAGGGGGCCGGGGCCCCCAAUCUGAGAGUAUCGUCUGCGUCCACUUCCUGAUCAGCCAGGUGGAAGAGACCGAAGUGGUGCUGUCCCUGGAGCAAACGGAGCGGCACUCUCGCAGACCCAUUCAGCGGGGCACCCCCUCUCAGGAGGAUGCUCCUAAUCCUGGGGACAGCCUUGACACCUCUGGUCCCCGGAUCCUGGCCUUCCUGCACCCCCCUACCCUGAGUGAAGCUGCCCUGGCCGCUGACCCCCGUCGCUUCUGUAGCCCUGACCUCCGUCGCCUCCUGGCACCGAUCCUGGAUGGGACUUCAGUAGCUGCCACCCCCAGCGCACCCCCGGCCACACGGUGCCCCCAAAGUCCUCUUCCGGCUGAUCUCCCAGAUGAACUGCUUGCAGAUGUGGAGAACGCACACAAAUUCUUUGCCUCUGGGAAAGACCUGGAUGCAGUGGAGACAGACCUAGAUAUAGCUCAGGACGCCGACGCUCUGGAUUUGGAGAUGCUGGCCCCCUACAUCUCCAUGGAUGAUGACUUCCAGCUCAACUCCAGCGAGCAGCUGCCCAGGGCCUACCACCGACUUUCAGGGGCUGUCCCCCGGCCCCGUGCUCGGAGUUUCCACGGCAUGUCGCCCCCAACCCCUGAGCCCACUCUGCUGCCCCGCUGGGGGAGCGACCCCCGGCUGAGCUGCUCCAGCCCUUCCAGAGGGGUCCCCUCAGCAGCUUCCCCCAUGGCUGGGGCCCGGAAGAGGGCCCUGGCCCAGAGCUCAGAGGAUGAGGCAGAGGGGGUGGAGCUGCUGGGAGUGAGACCCCCCAAACGGUCCCCCAGCCCAGAACCUGAAAACUUCCUGCUGCCUCCCCUCAGCCUGAGUUUCCUUCUGACAGGAGGGCCAGCCCCAGGGAGCCGGCAGGACCCUGGCACCCACCUCCUGGAACUGAAUGAGCCCCUGGGCCUGGGCCCCUCCCUGCUCUCCCUCUCCCGGGAUGAGGACGCCGCCCAGUCCAGGAGCCACUUCCAGCCAGCGGCAGACUUGGCCCAGGCCCACUGAGCCCAGCCCUCUUCCCACCUCCCUCCCGCCCCCCGCAGAGAGGACGCCAAUCAUACUCCAAGCCGGCAGCCAACGCACAGGGUGGGGGUGCCGGGAGAGGGGUUCCCUCUCCUCUCAGGGGCCCCCACCCGCCUUGGGCCUACCUCAGCCCCCACCCCUCCGUACCCCCUACUGUCUGGGGCGCUCUGGAGUGGUCUCAGCUCAGUGACCUCUGGGAGGGGGUUCCUGGCCCCCUCCUGCUUCUCUCAGGACUUCCCUUGGGGUUCUCAAUACCGGUUACCUCAUCCCUUUCUCCAGCUCUCUCGGCUUUGCUUUCAGUAAUCAGGGGUUGGGGAGGGUGGGGUUCAGAGCUGUAUUUGCAGGCUUGGGGGAGUGUGGAUAACCAUCACCAGGUUUCUUUCCAUCUUUCUUUCAUUCUUAUUUUGAUUUUUGUUGUUUUCAUUAUGUUUUUAAUCGCUGCAAAUUACCUGCGGUUCAUAAUAAUGUGGAACUCUCAUCUUCCCCCCCGCCCCCGGCCCCAACUCAGGUGUCAAUGGGGAGCGGGGGCCCUCUGGGUCAGAUCUCACACCUCAAGAUAGAUUUCUGAUCAAGCCCUUAGCUUCCCAAGUGGCCCCUCAGCUCUGCCCACUCCUCCCCCCUGGACUUCUGCUGGCCCCUCCCUGGCGUAGACACCAGCUCCAUUGGUGGGCUUCCACUGGGGGGGGGGCCUCCACUGGCUACACCUAGGACACUUAGCUGGAGCCCCCAACCUCUGCUUCCAGACCUUAAACAGCAACACUCUAUGGUUCUAGACCACACAACCCCCAGUGUGGUCUGCUUCAGGCCUUGCAGCCUCCAAAAGCUCUGAUUCCAGAUCUAACAGUCUUCAUUUCUUUCUCGUUUUAGAAUGCGCAACCUCCGAAAUCGAUUUUCCUGUUGCACAGUCUCUAAGGUUGUCUGGUUCUAGGCCUCACAGCCUCCAACUCCCACAGGCCCAUGACCAUCAGCGUCCUCUGGCUCUAGAGCUCUCCCCAUAAAGAUCGCUUGUUCUCGAUGGUACAUACCCCAACUCCUGCUGAUUCUGGCUCUUACGGCCAAUGAUUUCCUUUGAUUCUGGACCCUGCAACCCUAAGCUUUGAAUUGCUUCUAGUCUUCCUGAUCUGUAAUGCAUUUGAUUGGUUCCAAAUCCAGGCUUCCGAAUGUCUAAAUCAUUUUGAUUCUAAACCUCAAGAUGCCCAGCUCAAUUCUUUUUUUUUUUUUUUUUAAUUUUUAUUUUUUAUUUAUUUUCCCACUGUACAGCAAAGGGGUCAGGUUAUCCUUAGAUGUAUACAUUGCAAUUACAGUUUUUUCCCCCACCCUUUCUUCUGUUGCAACAUGAGUAUCUAGACAUAGUUCUCAAUGCUAUUCAGCAGGAUCUCCUUGUAAAUCUAUUCUAGGUUGUAUCUGAUAAGCCCAAGCUCCCGAUCCCUCCCACUCCCUCCCCCUCCCAUCAGGCAACCACAAGUCUCUUCUCCAAGUCCAUGAUUUUCUUUUCUGAGGAGAUGUUCAUUUGUGCUGGAUAUUAGAUUCCAGUUAUAAGUGAUAUCAUAUGGUAUUUGUCUUUGUCUUUCUGGCUCAUUUCACUCAGUAUGAGAUUCUCUAGUUCCAUCCAUGUUGCUGCAAAUGGCAUUAUGUCAUCCUUUUUUAUGGCUGAGUAGUAUUCCAUUGUGUCCAGCUCAAUUCUUUUUCAAUGCUACAUGCAAGACUUGCUUUUCUCAUCAAAAAGAAGCAAAAUGGGUUUCCCGUCUUGAUCUUAUACCAAGUACCUUCAGAACCACACUUUUUUUUUUUUUUUUUUGUCUUUUUGCUAUUUCUUGGGCCGCUCCCGUGGCAUAUGGAGGUUCCCAGGCUAGGGGUCGAAUCGGAGCUGUAGCCACCGGCCUACGCCAGAGCCACAGCAACGCGGGAUCCGAGCCGCGUCUGCAACCUACACCACAGCUCACGGCAACGCGGGAUCGUUAACCCACUGAGCAAGGGCAGGGGCCGAACCCGCAACCUCAUGGUUCCUAGUCGGAUUCGUUAACCACUGCGCCACAACGGGAACUCCAGAACCACACUUUUUAGUUCAUUUUUGCUCUAGACUUUAGGAUCUCUACUAUCUACUGGGUCUGGACUAUAUAACCUUUACACCUUACAGUUUCCAGGGCCCUCUGAUUGCGGAUCUGAUGAUCUCUCUUUUCUCUGGUUUUAGAAAUUGGCUUCGAAUGUCUUCUGAUUCCACACCUCAUCCUAUACCUGCCUGGAUUCUAGACAAUCUCCAAUUCCCCCUCAUUCCACAUCUUAUGGCUCCAAAUCACCCUGCAUCUAGAACUUGGCCUUCACACAUCUUCAGAUUAGAGACCUUGCCCUAUAAAAUUUUCUGGUUCUAGGCCUACUGCUCUAAACUCCUGAUUCUAGAGCUUAUGACCCCAAAUUCCUUUUGGUUCCAGAACUUGGUCUUAAAUUCAGUUCUUACUCUAGAAAUUCCUCUGGUUCUAGGCCUCACAGCUUCCAAGUGCCUCUGAUCUCAGAUCCAAAUUCUUCUGAUUCUAGAAAUCAGCCUCCAAAUGCUUCUGAUUUGAGAGUCUGGACCUCUCCCUGUAGACUCCUCUGGUUCUGAAUCUUAAGACCUCUGACUCAGAUUCUGGGCUUCCCACCCGACUCCACUUGCUCCAAUUCCUACUCUUAAGUCUUCCUAUUCCAGAUCCCCCCCUCCAGGUCCUUGUGCUAGUGGACUUCAUGCUCAAGCCUCUUCAUUCUCAAGCUCCUAUCCCUAAAAUUUCUCCGUCCUAGAACUCCCUCCAUCCCCCACCUCUCAGCCAGCCAGAUGUGCACGUACCUUUACUUAUCCGGGGAACCUGGGGCUCCCUCACAACCCGCAGACUUCCCCAGCCGCGCAGGCACACGCACAGCCCUUCUGCAUAUCAUGGGGUGGGUGAGAAGACAGGUCUCCUCAGUACUCCGCCACCACUUAUGUGUCCCUGCCCCACCCUUCUUUCUACGAUGGUGCUACUCUUACCCUUGAAGAGGCCUCCCUCUCUCAACCCAAUUCACCCCCUUUUUGGAAGGCACUUCUCACUCUUUUGUCCAGGGAUGGCCUGUCCCGAUUGGUGCUAUGGGGAGAGAAGGGCCUGACCCCUCCCUCCCUCUGGGGGUGACCUGGGCCCUCAAUGGAGGGAAUUGUGCUGGGCUGGGGGAGGGAAAGGGACUGAACCAACAAUGCUGGCUCUGAAACCCACUAAUCUUUAAACUCCUAUAAAGAGCUCUCCUUGGUAGGCACCAGC